AUGGACAACUCAAAGGAAGGUGGCUCUGUGAAUAGACCACCUAUUCUGGAUGGCACCAACUACGACUACUGGAAGGCUCGUAUGAUUGCGUUUCUCAAAUCAAUUGAUAGCAAGACCUGGAAGGCUAUUGUCAAAGGUUGGAAACAUCCGGUGAACAUACCCAAGGAAGGGUCAUCUGUUGGUGAGUUGAAACCUGAGGAUGAAUGGAACAAAGAAGAGGAUGAGGAGGCGUUGGGUAACUCUAAAGCGCUAAAUGCUAUAUUCAAUGGAGUGGAUAAAAACAUGUUCCGAUUGAUCAACACUUGCACUGUGGCAAAAGAUGCUUGGGAGAUUCUCAAGACUGCUCAUGAGGGGACUUCCAGAGUUAGAAUGUCAAGGCUUCAGAUUCUAACAACUCAGUUUGAGAACUUAAAGAUGAAGGAAGAUGAGACCAUCUCUGAUUUUCAUAUGAGACUGCGUGAUAUGGAAAACUCCUCUUUUGCUUUGGGAGAACAAAUGUCAGAGGAGAAGCUCAAUGAUAGACCUGAGAAAAGAAAUAAAAGCAUUGCUCUUGUCUCAAGCACAGAUUUAGAUGAUGAUAUGUCUGAUAAUGAAACUGGUGAAAGUAUAUCAGAAGCCAUAGCUUUUAUGGGAAGAAAAUUCAACAAGGUUUUGAAGAGGCUGGAUAAGCGAUCGAGGCCAAAUGUGCAAGACAAACGGCUUGACAACUUCAAGAAUCAGCAAUUUCAAAGAAAAGUGAAAGAUGAAGACAAGACAGGAAAUGGCCGAGGGGUUCAAUGUCAUGAAUGUGAAGGUUUUGGCCACAUCAAGGCUGAAUGUGCCACCUAUUUGAAGAAACAAAAGAAAAGGAUGGUCACCACUUGGUCUGAUGAUGAAUCUGAUACAGAAGGUGAAGAUGUAACAGCAAACAGAGUAACUUCAUUCAUGGUUAGAUGUGAUUCAGGUGAUGGGGACAGUGACAAGGAGAUCUCUGAUGAGGAACUUGCUGAAGCCUAUAAGCUUCUCUACACUAAGUGGAAAGAAGCAUGUAUCUACGGUCAGCAACAAAAGAAGCAAGUCUUUGAGCUUCAAGCUGAGAAGAAGAAGCUAACUGAAGAAGUGGCCUUAUUGAACUCAAAAAUGGAAGGAAUGACCAAGUCCAUUCGCAUGAUGAGUAAAAGCACUGAUAUUCUGGAUGAAAUUCUUGAUGUUGGAAAAAGUGCAGGUGAUAAGACUGGGAUAGGAUUUGAUUAUCGUGCUGUUAACAAGGCAAGCCAGAACAUGACCAAGGAACAUGUGCAGAUUGGAAGGCAAUCAAAUGUUAAAAUGUGGAACCGCAGGCCCCAGCAAUCAGUUACACAUUCGUAUGCUCAAGUCAGGAACUAUCAAAAUUCAACUUGGAGAUGUCAUUAUUGUGGGAGAUUUGGUCACAUUAGACCAUAUUGCUUCAAGCUUUAUGGAUAUCCUAUACUUCAAGAUGUAUCACGAGAGUAUGAAAAGAAAAGUCCAGGCAAAAGCAGGUGGAAGCCUAAGGUUAAUGCUACUGCUCUCAUUGCUCACACCUCUCUGCGUGCAUCAUCAAAAGAAGACUGGUACUUCGAUAGUGGAUGUUCCAGACACAUGACAGGAGUGAAGAGUUAUCUUGAGAAAAUGAAACCACAUGCUAAGAGCUUUGUUACUUUCGGUGAUGGAGCCAAAGGAAAGAUCAGACGAAUUGGAAAAUUGUCUGACACAGGAUCUCCAAACCUUGACGAUGUUCUGUUAGUUGAAGGAUUAACUGCAAACUUGAUCAUUAUAAGUCAACUUUGUGACCAAGGCUUGAAGGUGGUGUUCAAACAAUCUGGGUGUGUUGUCAAAAAUAAGAACAAGGAUGUGCUAAUGAGAGGAGCUAGAUCAAAGGACAACUGCUACAUGUGGACCUCUGAAACAACAUCCUUGUCUGCUCGAUGCUUGAUGUCUAAGGAAGAUGAAGUUAGAAUCUGGCACCAAAAGUUAGGUCAUCUGAAUCUUAAGAGUAUGAAAAGAAUUGUUGCUGAGGAAGCAGUUAGAGGAAUACCAAAGUUGAAAAUUCAAGAAGGAAAGGUUUGUGGUGAAUGUCAGAUUGGGAAGCAAGUCAAAAUGUCCCACCAGAAGCUACAACAUCUGACUACAUCAAAAGUACUCGAACUACUGCACAUGGAUUUGAUGGGGCCAAUGCAAGUGGAAAGUCUGGGAGGAAAAAGGUAUGUUUUUGUCUGUGUAGAUGAUUUUUCCAGAUUCACUUGGGUAGAAUUUCUGAAGGAGAAGUCAGACACCUUUGAAGUGUUCAAAGAACUAUGUCUCCAAGUGCAAAGGGAAAAAGGGAGUGGGAUUGUUAAAAUAAGAAGUGAUCAUGGAAAAGAAUUUGAGAAUGGUCAAUUUUCUGAGUUCUGCUCCUCUGAAGGAAUCAAACAUGAAUUCUCUGCUCCUAUCACUCCUCAGCAAAACGGAGUGGUUGAAAGGAAGAACAGAACAUUGCAAGAAUCUGCCAGAGCUAUGUUGCAUGCUAAAAAUCUACCAUAUCAUUUUUGGGCUGAGGCCAUCAACACUGCCUGCUAUAUUCACAAUCGUGUCACUAUUCGUCAAGGAGAUACAGUCACUCAGUAUGAACUAUGGAAAGGGAAAAAACCUACAGUGAAGUAUUUCCAUGUAUUUGGCAGCAAGUGUUACAUUCUGUCUGAUAGAGAACACAGGAGAAAACUGGAUCCUAAAAGUGAAGUUGGAAUAUCUGGGGUAUUCUGGAAACAGCAGAGCAUACAGAGUUUAUAA